ACACACACUGCUCUCUCGCUCGGACUUGCUCCUUCAUUUUUCAAUUCCACCCGAAAAGGAGAGUGAUCGAUCCAUCGAGUGAGUGAGUGUCUUUGUGUUUUCAUUAAUCAUUAUGGCACUUUCAAGUGUAACAACUUUCUCAACUUCGUUGUCGCAUGAGACAACUCAACACUCUCUCUCAUCUCACCAACCCUCUUCCAAAAUCAAAACCGUUGUUGCCACCAACCAUCACCACCAACCAAGACGGAUCUUGGCCGUCCACGCAGCCGACGCUCCCAAAGGCGCUGCCACCACUUCCGCCGCCGUGACAACCACGAAGAGCGGAUCGAAGUGGAAUGUGGACAGCUGGAAGUCAAAAAAGGCGCUUCAGCUGCCGGAAUACCCGGACAAGAAUGAGCUGGAGACGGUGCUGAAGACGAUAGAGUCGUUCCCGCCGAUCGUGUUCGCGGGGGAGGCUCGGAGGCUGGAGGAGAGGCUGGCGGAGGCGGCGAUGGGGAAGGCGUUCUUGCUGCAAGGCGGUGACUGCGCGGAGAGCUUCAAGGAGUUCAGCGCAAACAAUAUAAGGGAUACUUUUAGAGUGCUUCUUCAGAUGGGUGCUGUUCUCAUGUUUGGUGGACAAAUGCCUGUUGUUAAGGUGGGAAGAAUGGCGGGUCAAUUUGCGAAACCAAGGUCAGACCCAUUUGAAGAAGUGAAUGGAGUGAAGCUGCCAAGUUACAAGGGUGACAACAUCAAUGGUGAUGCCUUUGAUGAGAAAUCAAGAAUCCCAGACCCUCACCGGAUGGUAAGGGCUUAUUGCCAAUCGGCGGCAACACUGAACCUUCUCCGGUCCUUCGCUACCGGAGGCUACGCUGCAAUGCAGAGGAUCAAUGAGUGGAAUCUUGAUUUUGCACAGAACAGUGAGCAGGGAGACAGGUACCAUGAGCUGGCGAACCGGGUGGACGAGGCCUUAGGUUUCAUGGCGGCCGCAGGGCUGACCCUAGACGACCCUCAGGUGACAUCUACUGAAUUCUGGACAUCACAUGAGUGUCUAUUAUUGCCUUAUGAACAAUCAUUGACAAGGUUGGAUUCAACUUCUGGAUUAUACUAUGAUUGCUCUGCUCACUUGCUCUGGGUUGGUGAGCGUACUCGCCAACUUGAUGGUGCUCAUGUUGAGUUCCUUAGAGGAAUUGCUAACCCUCUUGGCAUCAAGGUGAGCAACAAAAUGGAUCCAAAUGAGCUGGUGAACCUCAUUGAAAUCUUGAACCCCAAUAACAAGGCAGGAAGGAUAACAAUAAUAGUGAGAAUGGGUGCUGAGAAUUUGAGAGUCAAGCUUCCUCAUUUGAUUAGAGCUGUCCGUAGGUCUGGUCAAAUAGUCACAUGGGUUUCUGAUCCCUGCCAUGGCAACACCAUUAAGGCACCCUGUGGCCUCAAAACAAGACCCUUUGAUGCAAUUUUGAAUGAGGUGAGAGCAUUCUUUGAUGUUCAUGAACAAGAAGGUAGCCAUGCUGGAGGCAUCCAUGUAGAGAUGACCGGACAGAAUGUGACAGAGUGCAUCGGAGGAUCCAACACGGUGACGUUCGACGAUCUGAGCUCGCGGUACCACACGCAUUGCGAUCCGCGGCUCAAUGCAUCCCAGUCUCUUGAGCUUGCCUUCAUAGUUGCAGACAGGCUAAGGAAGAAGAGGAUUGGAACCAAUGGUUUCCUCUCCAACAAGGCCAAUUAAUAAUUAGUCUUUUAUAUAUUAUUUGCUCCUAUAAUAAGUACUUUCUGUUUGUUUGAUUUUUUUUUCUUUUUCUUUCUUCUAAGAGGUUAUAUUUACAAAUUAAAAGCCUCUAAGAUAUAGUAGCAAUAAUGUUUCGGUUAAUGCUUGUCAUUUACCGAAACAACCUAAGCUUUUCAUGUGGUUUUUGAAGAUAUAUAUGAUUUUGUGCAUUAUUGGAAUACAUAGAGGAACAAUCCAUUAUUUCUAA